AUGUACUAUUCGACACAGCUAAAAGCAAUUCUAAGCCGACAAAGAUUUUUCCAUGGAUUAUCAAGAACGACUAGUGUUAAACUUUAUAAUACCCUAACUUAUUCGAGAUGUUAUUCGUUAUUGAGUACUCCAAACUGCCAUAUCAAGGAACUUGAGCAAUUAAGUCAAAGGUUGAACCACAACGAAGAAAUAGCAGAUGCCAUUUCAAACCAGAAUGUUAUGGGUUUGCUUAAGGUUUAUAUAUCUAGUGAAUUAAGUAGAAUAUCAGGAAUAGAAGCAGAUAAAAUUUUUAAAUCAAUUCAAUGGAAUUCCAACUUAGAGGAUAGUGACCUUGUACUACCACUACCAAGGUUAGGAAAGCAGAUAGACAAGCCUAAUAUUUUAGCUGAAAAAUGGGCAAAGGCUUUCCCAACAAACGAUUAUAUCCAACAAAUAGAAUUCAAAGGUCCUUUCCUAAAGUUUUUUGUUAGUCCAAAGUUUUUGUUCAAAUCUGUUAUACCACAUAUUAAUGCUACAAGAGAAUUUUACGGUUUUCGUAAGCUUCAAUCUAAAAAGAAAGCAUUGGUUGAAUUUUCGUCACCGAAUAUUGCCAAACCCUUCCAUGCAGGACACCUAAGAUCAACAAUUAUAGGUGGAUUCUUAUCUAAUUUAUAUCAUGCUAUGGGUUGGGAAGUUAUUAGAAUGAAUUAUCUUGGAGAUUGGGGGAAACAGUUUGGCCUAUUAGCAGUAGGUUAUUAUAAAUAUGGCAACAAAGAUCUUUUGAAAUCUGAUCCUAUUCAUCAUUUAUUUGAUGUCUACGUUAAAGUUAACAAAGACAAGGAACAAGAAAUAAGGGAAGCUGUACCUGUAACAGAAUCUAUUGAUCACAAAGCUAAACAGUUUUUCAGAAAGAUGGAAUCUGGUGAUGUUGAGGCGCUGAAGCUAUGGCAAACAUUUCGUUCUUUAUCAAUCGAGAAGUACAUUCAAACUUAUUCAAGGUUGAAUAUUCAAUUCGACAUUUAUUCUGGUGAAUCCCAAGUCCCCCGAGAAAUUAUCCAAAGGGCACUAGAAAUGUUUAAAACUAAGAAUUUAUUAGAAGAAUCUGAUGGUGCGACAUUGAUUGAUCUAACAAAGUUCAACAAAAAAUUGGGUAAAACAAUUAUUAAAAAAACAGAUGGUACUACAUUAUACUUAACAAGAGACGUUGGUGCAGCAAUUGAUAGAUAUGAAAAAUAUCAUUUUGAUAAGAUGAUAUACGUAAUUGCAACGCAGCAAGAUUUAUAUGUUUCGCAAUUAUUCGAAACAAUAAAACAGUUAGGUUUUAAAUGGGCAAACAAUUUAGAACAUGUUAAUUUUGGCAUGGUGAAAGGGAUGUCAACGAGAAAAGGGACAGUUGUCUUCUUAGAUAAUAUUCUUGAGGAAGCAAAGCAGAAAGUAUUGGCUACAAUGCAACGUGACCAAGUGAAAUAUUCUCGUGUUGAGCAUCCAGAGAAGAUAGCGGAUAUAAUCGGAGUCAGUGCUGUCAUGAUUCAAGAUAUGCAGUCCAAGAGAAUUAAUAAUUAUGAAUUUGAAUGGAAUCGAAUGUUAUCAUUUGAAGGUGACACUGGUCCAUAUUUGCAAUAUACACAUUCUAGAUUGCAUUCUAUUGCCAAUAAUCAUAUUCAUCUAAACGCAUGUUCCCCCAAUUUUGAUUUAUUAGUAGAAAAUGAGGCAGUAUUAUUAAUUCGUCUUCUGGCACAAUAUCCUGAUGUACUAGUAAAAGCUAUGAGAACUCAAGAACCGUGUACUGUAGUAACCUAUUUAUUCAAAGUAGCGCAUCAGGUAUCAUCGUGUUAUACAACUCUCUGGGUAACAGGUCAACCGCAAAACACCGCGGUGGCUAGGUUAGCCCUAUAUAAUGCUGCCAGACAAGUCAUCAGCAACGGUAUGCGUCUCUUAGGCUUAACACCAGUAAAUAGAAUGUGA